CAAAUUCUUGCUUCCUUUUUCAGAAGUUCCAAAGCCUCGUAUGAACAAAACUAACUAAUCUAAGGCAUUGCUUGCAGAACAAAACCAGAACCCAUUUCCCACACAUCUUUUUGAACUCCACAAAACAAUCAUCACAGCCCGUACAUUUUGGCUCUUAAUUUUGCUCCAUUAUUUGAAGCUGUUUGAUUUCCACAAGGAACCUGUAACUUACUCUAUCUUUUCAUCAUCACCAUCAUCACUCUAAUUUUGUCCUGAAUUCUUUGAUCCUCUAUAUAAAGCAGCACUGAGGUCUCUGUAUUCUCAUUCUCAUCUUGUGUCCAAUCAUCAUAAGCCAAUAGAAAUGACUAAGUUUAUUUGGGUUGCUCUUGCUCUGUCACUUGCUUUGGUUAUUGGGGUUGCUCAGAGUUUCGACUUCCACGAGAAGGACUUGGCCUCUGAGGACAGCCUGUGGGAUUUGUAUGAGAGGUGGAGGAGCCAUCACACGGUUUCCAGGAGCAUUGAUGAGAAGCACAAGCGGUUCAAUGUGUUCAAGGAGAAUGUCAAGCAUGUCCACAACACUAACAAAGGAGAUAAGCCUUACAAGCUGAAGCUGAACAAGUUUGCUGACAUGACCAACCAUGAGUUCAGGAGCGUUUACGCCGGUUCAAAGGUUAAGCAUCAUAGGAUGCUCCAGGGGGAGCAGCGCGGUGAUGGGGGCUUUAGGUAUGAAAAUGUUGACAUUGUCCCGCCCUCUGUUGAUUGGAGAAAGAAAGGUGCCGUCACUCCUGUUAAGGAUCAAGGCCAGUGUGGUAGUUGCUGGGCAUUUUCAACAGUUGUAGCUGUUGAGGGCAUUAAUCAAAUUAAGACCCGUAAGCUGGUUUCAUUGUCUGAGCAAGAGUUGGUUGACUGUGACACCGAACAAAAUCAAGGAUGCAAUGGAGGGCUAAUGGAAUUGGCAUUUGAGUUCAUCAAACAAAAUGGUGGCCUAACAACAGAGACAAAUUACCCUUACCGAGCAGAAAAUUCGAAAUGUAAUGUUGCAAAGGAAAAUGCUCCAGUAGUGUCAAUUGAUGGCCAUGAGAGUGUGCCUGCAAAUAACGAGGAUGCAUUGCUCAAAGCAGCUGCAAACCAACCUAUUUCCGUUGCCAUAGACGCCGGAGGUUCUGAUUUUCAAUUCUACUCUGAGGGGGUAUUUACUGGACAAUGUGGCACAGAGCUUGAUCAUGGAGUUGCAGUUGUUGGCUAUGGAGCAACACUAGAUGGAACCAAGUAUUGGAUAGUGAAGAACUCCUGGGGCACUGAGUGGGGAGAGAAGGGUUACAUACGGAUGGAGCGUGGCGUCUCUGCGAAAGAGGGGCUCUGUGGUAUAGCAGUGGAGGCUUCAUAUCCCGUCAAGAACUCUUCCAACAACCCUAAAGGAUCACCUACCUCCUAUUCUAAGGAUGAACUCUAAACAACAUCCUCCAUUGAAUCUAAGCUUUGCUGA